CCAUCCUACCUUUCACCAAUUCCAUUUUCUUUCAUUACACAGAAACAGCUCUUUUAUUCUUAGUUAAUCAAUGGCAGCCUCCACAAUGGCUCUCUCCUCUCCUUCUUUCGCCGGACAGGCGGUGAAACUCUCACCCUCCACCUCCGAGAUCACCGGAAACGGGAGAGUCUCAAUGAGGAAGACUGUCGCCAAGCCCGUCUCAUCCGGAAGCCCAUGGUACGGCCCUGACCGUGUUAAGUACUUGGGCCCAUUCUCCGGUGAGCCUCCAAGCUACCUUACUGGUGAGUUCCCCGGCGACUACGGUUGGGACACUGCUGGCCUUUCUGCCGACCCAGAAACCUUUGCCAAGAACCGUGAACUCGAGGUGAUCCACUGCAGAUGGGCCAUGCUUGGAGCUCUUGGAUGCGUCUUCCCCGAGCUCUUGGCCCGUAACGGUGUUAAGUUCGGUGAGGCUGUGUGGUUCAAGGCUGGAGCUCAAAUCUUCAGCGAGGGUGGGCUCGACUACUUGGGCAAUCCCAGCUUGAUCCACGCCCAGAGCAUCUUGGCCAUCUGGGCUUGCCAAGUUGUUUUGAUGGGAGCUGUUGAGGGCUACCGCAUUGCUGGUGGACCACUCGGUGAGGUUACUGACCCAUUGUACCCCGGUGGCAGCUUUGACCCAUUGGGCUUGGCUGAUGACCCUGAAGCUUUUGCUGAGCUCAAGGUUAAGGAGAUCAAGAAUGGCAGACUCGCCAUGUUCUCCAUGUUUGGAUUCUUCGUUCAGGCCAUUGUCACCGGAAAGGGCCCAUUGGAGAACCUGGCUGACCACCUUGCGGACCCAGUUAACAACAAUGCUUGGGCAUAUGCUACAAACUUUGUUCCCGGAAAGUGAACUUGACAAGAAAAGAGUGCAUGAAUGUAAAACUCUAUUGUGAAUUAUUGGAAUAUUAUAAUGUGAUUUUGGCCAUGGUUGUGAUUGCGUUUUCGUUUCUUGA